GCAACGUACAUUAGAGCAGAGUGUUGAACAAGAAAACACCAAGCGGACAUCUGCCGGUGAAAAGCCAAUCAGAGCUCAGAAGCUAAAGCUACUGUGUGAAACUCGCUGGGUAGAACGGCAUACUGCCUUAAAAGACUUCAGAGAUAUGUACUUUGCCUUAGUCCACUGCCUCCAAGUUAUUUCAGGCCAGAUCAUUGCCACUCCAACUGCUGCCUCUAAGUACGAUGCGAAGUCUGUCACUGAGGCAAAUGGCCUCCUCCGCUCGAUAACGUCAGAUUCAUUCAUCGUAGCUCUGCACUGCUGCACAUAUCUGUUCGGUUACACAAAGUGUCUGAGUGUUCUACUGCAAGGAUCGCAAUUGGAUGUGCUGGAGGCAUAUGGUGAAAUCAACCAAGUUCUAGGUCUGUUAGAAGAGAUCAGAAGUAACAGUGAGAGAGAAUUCUCUUCAAUUUUCGCCUCUGCAUCAGCAGUUACAUCCCGUGUCUUAGACCAAGACCAUCCACAAGUUCCUCGCUUAGCUGCAUGACAGACACUAUGCAGCAAUCAUCCUGCAUCAACUCCAGAGAGCUACUGGCGGAGAGCUGUCUUCAUUCCAUUCAUUGACAGCAUGAUCAGUGAACUUGGCAGUAGGUUCACUGACAUGAGCCAUGCAUCAGUGCAAGGACUGCUGCUCCUGCCAAAACACUGCCAGAGCCUCACUCCUCACCACCAGGCAGCUAUCCUGAAGGCUUAUGCUCCAGAUUUGCCUGAUGACCCAACUUUCGAGGCCGAGAUACGCCGAUGGAAGAGGAAGUGGGAGUAUGCAGGUGCUGCUACCUUACCAACCAGUGUUACAGAGACGCUGGGUGCUGUGAAUGAAGUGGCAUAUCCCAACAUUGUCUGCAUUCUUCGCCUGUUGUUGAUAAUACCCGUCACCACAGCCACAGUUGAAAGAGCGAACUCUGCACUAAAGCUGAUCAAAACAGACCUGCGGAGCACGAUGGCACAAGACAGGCUAAAUGCGCUAGUGCUCAUGUUUGUCCACAAGGACUUGUCUGUCAACCAUGAGCGUGUGAUAGACUCUUUUGCGAAGGCAUAUCCGAGACGCUUGCUGUUCCUGGAUCCAACUGCUACAACAGAAGAAGCACAAUCACAGUGACGGUGACAUUGUUUUCAGUGAUGGUUGUAUUGUCGGUCCAUCAGAUUUCUUCUUCAGUUCUGAAUCAGUGAUGUUACUUUUCCACACUCCUCUGUUUU